AUGAACAUACACAGGUCUACCCCCAUCACAAUAGCAAGAUAUGGGAGAUCGCGGAACAAAACCCAGGAUUUCGAGGAGUUGUCGUCUAUAAGGUCCGCCGAACCCAGCCAGAGUUUCAGCCCGAACCUCGGCUCCCCGAGCCCGCCUGAGACUCCGAACUUGUCGCAUUGCGUUUCUUGCAUUGGGAAAUACUUAUUGUUGGAACCCCUGGAGGGAGACCACGUUUUUCGGGCCGUGCAUCUGCACAGUGGAGAGGAGCUGGUGUGCAAGGUGUUUGAUAUCAGCUGCUACCAGGAGUCCCUGGCCCCCUGUUUUUGCCUGUCUGCCCACAGCAACAUCAACCAAAUCACCGAAAUUAUCCUGGGGGAAACCAAAGCCUAUGUGUUCUUUGAGCGGAGCUAUGGGGACAUGCAUUCCUUCGUCCGCACCUGCAAGAAGCUGAGGGAGGAGGAGGCGGCCAGGCUCUUCUACCAGAUCGCCUCGGCCGUGGCCCACUGCCACGAUGGGGGCCUGGUGCUCCGGGACCUCAAGCUGCGGAAAUUCAUCUUUAAGGACGAAGAAAGGACUCGGGUCAAGCUGGAAAGCCUGGAAGAUGCUUAUAUUCUGCGGGGAGAUGACGACUCGCUCUCCGACAAGCACGGCUGUCCAGCCUACGUCAGCCCGGAGAUCUUGAACACCAAUGGCAGCUACUCGGGCAAAGCAGCUGAUGUGUGGAGCCUGGGAGUGAUGCUCUACACCAUGCUGGUCGGGCGGUACCCUUUCCAUGACAUUGAGCCCAGUUCCCUCUUCAGCAAGAUCCGGCGUGGCCAGUUCAACAUUCCAGAGACUCUGUCGCCCAAGGCCAAGUGCCUCAUCCGGAGCAUCCUGCGGCGGGAGCCCUCGGAGCGGCUGACCUCCCAGGAGAUUCUGGACCAUCCUUGGUUUUCUACAGAUUUUAGCGUCUCGAAUUCAGGCUAUGGUGCUAAGGAAGUGUCUGAUCAGCUGGUGCCGGAUGUCAACAUGGAGGAGACCUUGGACCCUUUCUUUAACUGA